UGGAAAUAAUAAUGGACACAUUCUGAUUGUGGUUUUUGAUUGGUUUUGUUUCUUAUUUCAAUAUAAUAACAAAAUGUUUAACAAUAAAAAAAAUUCAUUUGUUUUAUUCAUCAACAAAUUCUUGGUAUUUUUAUUUAUUCUGAUUCUGGUUAUCGAUAAUUUUGGUCAAUUGAUGGUGAAUUCAAUAAAAUUUCAUGAUUGUAGUGGUGCCCUAGUACAAACCGUAUCGGUGGAUGGCUGCGGUGAUGAUGAUAAAAUUUGUAGAUUUAAUAAUGAACAUUCGGUAAAUCAAAAAUUAUUAUUACGUUAUCAUGUUGAUCUGAUUGCCAAUCAAGAAACUGACCAUAUCCGGUUGGAAAUAUCGAUGAAAAGCCGUCAUGAUCAUAUACCACCAAAUGAUGAUGAUGAUUAUGAUCGUUUAGCUAUAUUCGAUAAUCUUUGUACAACAAACAAAGAUAUUUGUCCAACAAAUUUUGCUGUUUUAUAUCAUUUUUGUUAUGGUCUUCGUAUGGAUAAUAUUACCAUUAUGCAUAAUAAACAUAAUCAAGAAAUUAUCAUCAAAAAUCAAUACUAUUCCGGUAACAAUAAUAGUCUUUUAGCAUGUUUUCAACAUUCAAUAAUGUUAUUAGAUGAACCAGAAACAUUACCAUUUGCUGUGGUGAAAAAAAAAUUAUAAACUAUAUAAGUUUAUUUCGCAAUCAAAAGAUGGCAGCACUUUUAUAAAUUUCAAAUUUUUUAAAAAAUAAAUAGCGCCAAUUUUUUUUUGUUCACAAAUUGAAUUACAUUAUCAUCAUCAUCAUCAUCGUCAGAAUCAAUUUGCCCGAAGCUCUAUGUGAAUAUUCAUAAUUUGUCCAAAAUUUUCUUGCCGAUUUUUUUUUUGGUCCAAUUCAUAAAAUUAAAAUUUCAUUUUUCCAAUUGUUUUAGCUUUUAUUUGAUUCCCGUAGGCUGUACAAAAAAAGAAAAAUUCAAAUUCGACAAUAUUCAACUAUCAUGAAUAAUUGAAUAUGAAU